GGAGAGAGAGCGAGAAUGUAAUAAGUAUAAAAGAAAGAAACCAACCGAUUCCCGUCGAGGGACAAAAACCCAACCGCCAUCAGCACCCACCACCACACCACAACAACAACCACCGUCAUUAGUAGUUACAACCAGAAAACGCCGCCGUUUCGUACACUCGUCGUUAUCGUCCCAAUUUCGAUUGUCCGGAUCCCCUUUGCUGGCUGUAUAAUAUUUUGACUCACUGGAUGAAGAACCACGCCAACUACAACAAGCUCAACGGAAAUUGUACCACCACCACCACCACCAACCACAACAACCGCCGCCAUGGCAAUGGAUUUUUUCCUACUUCUUUGAAAUUCAUCUCCUCCUGUCUCAAAACCGCCUCCUCCGGUGUCCGCUCUGCCUCCACUUCCAUCUCCGCUGAUAACCCAGACCACAAAGACCAGGUAUUAUGGGCUGGCUUUGACAGAUUAGAGCUUGGUCUGUCUGCCUUUAAACUUGUUCUCCUGCUUGGUUAUUCCAAUGGCUUUCAAGUGCUUGAUGUUGAAGAUGCCUCUAACUUCAGUGAACUUGUAUUGAAGCGAGAUGACCCUGUUACAUUUUUACAAAUGCAGCCCCUCCCUGCAAAGUCUGAGGGUCGUGAAGGAUUCAGACCAUUGCAUCCUUUACUAUUGGUUGUUGCAUGUGAUGAAUCAAAGAGCUCUGGUCUGAUGCAUAGUGCAAGAGAUGGGUUGGUCAGGGAUGGUUUUACCGAACCACAAACAGGAGCCAUCUCUCCUAAUGCUGUUCGGUUUUACUCACUAAGGUCUCACAUUUAUGUUCAUGUCCUGAGAUUCAGGUCGACUGUGUACAUGGUUAGAUGCAGUCCUCAAAUAGUGGCUGUGGGCCUUGCAACACAAAUAUACUGCUUCGAUGCACUCACGCUUGAGAAUAAAUUCAGUGUCCUUACCUAUCCUGUCCCUCAAUUCGGAAGCCAAGGAAUGGGUGGAGUUAACAUUGGCUAUGGACCUAUGGCUGUAGGCCCCAGGUGGUUGGCUUAUGCCUCCAACAACUCACUGCUGUCAAACGCAGGCCGCCUCAGUCCACAAAGUCUUACUCCUCAAGGGGUUAGCCCAUCAACAUCACCUGGAAGUGGAAGUCUAGUGGCUCGUUAUGCCAUGGAAUCUAGUAAGCAGUUAGCUGCUGGAUUAAUCAAUUUGGGUGAUAUGGGCUACAAAACUUUGUCAAAAUAUUGUCAAGAGCUUAUACCCGAUGGGUCUAAUUCUCCUAUAUCAUCAAACUCGAGUUGGAAAGUUGGUCGGAUUGCAUCACAUAUGGCAGAAACAGAUAAUGCUGGGAUGGUUGUUGUCAAAGAUUUUGGUUCCAGAGCUGUUGUAUCACAGUUUAGGGCCCAUACUAGUCCAAUUUCUGCUUUGUGUUUUGACCCUAGUGGGACACUUCUAGUUACUGCUUCAAUACAUGGGAACAACAUAAACAUUUUCCGGAUAAUGCCGUCUUCCUCACAUAAUGGAUCAUUCACUCAACCACAUGAUUCGGGCUCUUCUUAUGUGCACCUUUACAAGCUCCACCGUGGCAUGACAUCAGCUGUGAUACAAGACAUCUGUUUUAGUCAUUAUAGUCAGUGGAUUGCUAUUGUUUCUUCCAGGGGCACCUGCCAUGUUUUUGCUCUUUCCCCUUUUGGUGGUGAGACUGUUCUCAAAAUACAGAACUCUCAUAUUGGUCCUACGCUUUUGCCAGUUACAUCUCUACCAUGGUGGUCCACUACAUCUUUCAUGAUAAACCAACAAUGUUUUUCCCCCUUGCCACCACCACCAGUUAUUCUCUCCGUGGUUAGCAGAAUAAAAAAUAGUCAAUCUGGGUGGCUCAACCAAGUUAGUAAUGCGGCAUCUUCUGCAGUAGGAAAGGUCUCCAUUCCAUCUGGUGCAAUUGCUGCUGUUUUUCAUAAUUCGGUGCCUCACGAUCUGUUACCUGCUCAUCUGAAAGGCAAUGCUUUGGAGAACCUAUUGGUUUAUACCCCUUGUGGGCACACAAUUCAAUAUGAACUAUUGACAUCAAUGGGAGGAGAAUCAAAUGAGGCUGCUUCUACUGGUCCAGGUUCUUCAUUGCAGAUACAAGAUGAGGAGCUGCGAGUAAAAGUUGAACCUGUUCGAUGGUGGGAUAUUUGCAGAAGUGAUUGGCCAGAAAGAGAGGAAUACAUUUCUGGGAUUACUCUUGGCAGACAAGAAACUGCAGAGAUGGUCAUGGAUACUUCCGACUGUGAGGAUAAUUAUACUGGAAAUAAGGAGUUAGUAAAGCCCAUUGAACAAUCUCACUUAUAUAUAUCCAAUGCAGAGGUGCAGAUUAGCUCCAGCAGGAUACCAAUCUGGCAAAACUAUAAGAUAUCCUUCCAGAGGAUGAGCUUCGGAACUAGUGACCUAAAUUUUACUGAGAGUCAUACCCGUGGAGAGAUUGAAAUAGAGAAGCUUCCUGUUCACGAGAUUGAAAUUAGACGGAGGGAUUUAUUGCCUGUUAUUGACCAUUUCCUGAGGAGUCAGUCCGAUUGGAGUGACAGGAGCCUUGUUGGGGUAAGAUGCCUGAGUCCAUCUUCUAAUUCUCAUGAGACUAAAGAUAAGUUCUCAGAAGAUCCUAUUGUUUGCCACUCUAAGUUGGCAUCACUUGGCACAGUUGAAAACUCAGAUGGAUUAUCUGGGGAAUCAUAUACAUCCAUUACCCUACCUGGAACAAUACAAAUGUGGAGAAAGAAGGGAGAUCUGUGUUUUCAUCGCCUCUGCUGAAUAAAAGUUAUAUUAACAAAGAAAGUAAACUAGUUUCUGACAAACAACCUGCAACGAGGGUUUCUCUGGUUCAGGAUAUUGAUUUCACUAAUAGUCUAUCCUCUUUAAAAAGUAACUCACUUUCUGCUGAUAGAUCC